AUGGUUUUGAUAAAACUUGCUAUAAUUUGCACCUAUUUGCUACUCAUAUUAAAAUGCUAAAUCAUUUAUUCUGAUGAAGUUCCAAUAGUGUAUUUUCAAUAAAAUAUUUUGCUUUUUAAAUAUGGAGAAGAUACUUAUUAAGGCUCAUAAAUAAUUGAUUAUUCAGCCAAAUAAUUUUAAUAAAUUCCUAUUGUAAUUCUAGGAAUAGAAUUUUAUAAUAAUUUAUGGAAUCCUUCAAAUGGAGUAGAUUUUGUACUUUCAGCAUCAUAAAUAACAAAAACUAGUUGUACAGUUUAAACAGCUCGUAAUAAUGAUAGCAAAUUAGCUGGUAUUUCUGUUAGUGCUUUAGUUAUAGAUACUUCAUAAUUUCCUUUUUUUAUUAAAAAUGAUUAAUAAAUUUAAAAUAUACAUUUUACAAAUUAUGUUUAUUCAAAGGUAUAUACCUUCUCUUCUGAUAUUCAAAAUCAAAGUAAUAAAUGUGUUUCUGUUAUAUUAACAGGUUGGAAAUCAGCUUAUGAUUCUUCAAAUAAAAUUUUCGCUCUAACUAUUUAAGUGAUUAACUUAACGGAUUCUGGAUAUACUAUUUAGAUAUCAACAGCUCAAGACUCAUAAUAAAUAAUCAAUGUAUCUUUUGCUGUAUUAGAAUACAUCAAAAAUCCUCCAACUAGUGUAUAUGGAAUAGUUUCAAAUUAUGAUACUCAAUACUAAUAACCAACAACUUAAAAUUGUUUCUUCAAUGAUUAGUGUUCAAAUUCUUAAAGAUUCUUUCCUGUCUAAUUUAAUGUUUUCAUACAAAACUCUCCACCCUCAGGAAAUUAUCAGAAUUUUUUUGUUUCUUUAAACUAAUUAUACUUCAAUACAGCAUAUGACGGUUAAGAUUUAAGAAUUAGUGUCAUAAAUUAGCCACUCUCAUCAAAUAAAAUAUAGUAUCAAUAUUCCGUUUGGGAUGGUGCUUAAUGUUUAGGAGCUACAUCAACAGCCUUAUACUUUUAUAAAAGACCUUGUCCAAAUAAUUAAUUUAUAAAUAUUAACUCUAAUAGUUGUUCUACUAUUUGCUAAAUUUAAGAUCCUUCAAAUAGCUCUACAUGCUUAGAUUGUCCUUCUGGAUAGUAUUUUUUAUAAGACUAGAAUGUAUGCUAAGCAACUUAACCUAUUGGUUAUUAUUGCUAAGUACCUAACACAUAAUUUAAUUUUAGCGUUUGCUAAAAUUGUAAAAUUUCUAAUUGCUAAUUAUGUUCAUAAAAUUCUAGUUAAUUUACUUGCACUUAGUGUGUAAGUUAGUAUUUUUUAUACAAUAACUAAUGCUAAUAAACAUAACCUUCAAAUACAUUUUGUGAUACUUAAAGUUAUAUUUGUAGUAAAUGCUUAGAUCCAGGUUGUUUAACUUGUAGCGAUCCUAGUUAAUCAUCUCCUUAGUGCUUAACUUGUGAUACUAAAUAAAAAUAAAUUUUAUAUUAAGGGAAAUGUUAUUCUCAAAGUUCUCCUCCUAAUAAUACCUUUUGUGAUUGGAACAAAUUAGUAUGCUUUUAAUGUAGUGAUAAUAACUGUCUUUCUUGUAGUGACCCUGCUAAGUCACCAUAAAUUUGCAAUAAGUGUGUACCAAACUAAUCUUUGAUUUUAUUUUAAGGUAAAUGUUAUAACUAGAAUAACCCACCUCCUAACACGUAUUGUGAUUGGACAAAAUUAACAUGUUCUUUAUGUACUGAUAUUAAUUGUCUUACUUGUUCUGAUCCUAGUAUAUCACCUUAAUAAUGCUUAAAAUGUGAUGUAUACUAAAAAUAAGUUCUUUAUUAAGGUAAAUGCUACAAUUAGAAUAACCAGCCAUCAAACACAUUUUGUGAUUGGAAUUUAUUAUAAUGUAGCAAAUGUAAUGAUUCUAGAUGUCUCUUUUGCAGUGAUCCUAAUUUACCUCCUUAAUUAUGUUUAUAAUGUGAUACUAGCUUAUAAAAGUUAAUACUAUAUUAGGGUAAAUGCUUUAGCUAAAGUGAUCCUCCUCCCUAAAAUACAUUUUGUGAUUGGGACAAAUUAUAAUGUUCUAAGUGUGAUGAUAACUAAUGUUUUACUUGUAGUGAUCCUAAUAAAGCAUCUUAAAUAUGCUUAUCAUGUGAUUCUAGCUAAUAAUAAAUUCUUUAUUAGGGUAAAUGUUUUAACAAGAAUAAUCCUCCACCAAAUACUUUUUGUGAUUGGAAUAAAUUAUAAUGUACUUAAUGUACAGAUUCUAGUUGCUUAGCUUGUAGUGAUCCUACAUAACCUCCAUAAAAAUGCUUAUUAUGUGAUGCUAGUAAAAAGAUGGUCCUCUUCUAGGAUAAGUGCUAUUCUUAAAGCUCUCCUCCUCCAAACACUUUUUGUGAUUGGGACAAAUUACAGUGUAACUUGUGUAUGAACAAAAAUUGUUAAACAUGUAGUGAUCCCAGUUAAUCUCCUCAAGUAUGCCUGUAAUGUAAUACUAGGAUGAUUUUAUAUGAAGGUAAAUGUUAUUGUGGAAUAGGAUUUUAUUUUGAUGAAAACAAUAAAUGCAGCAAAAAUUGUAAAGAGAGUUGCUAAUUUUGUUUAAAUAGUAGUGAUUGUGAUAAAUAUUCAGAUAAUCGAGUUUAUUCUGAUAAUCAAUGUGAUUAUUCUUGUUCAAAAUGUUCUAUACCCAAUAAAAACUAUGGAUGUCUAGCAUGUAGCUCAACAACUCGCUAGUUUGAAUAAAUGACAGGGUCAUGCUUUUGUAAAGAUGGGUAUAGUGAUGUAGGUGUUCCUGACUGCUAAAAUGAUAAUAAUCUUAAACCAUAACAAAAGUUAAUAAAUUAUUCAAAGGAUUUAAAUAAAUAAAAACUAAUCAAUAAUAAAUCUUAUGUAGUUGAAAUGGCUUUAGAAAUUAAUUUAGAUAACUUAGAUAGAAUUCUGAAUACUUCUAGGACAAGCAAUAAAUUCCUAAAAAGAAUAGAAUUUUACAAUAAUUUUUGGAAUCCUUCCACAGGAGUAGAUUUUGUACUUUCAGCAGCAGAUAUAACAAAAACUAGUUGUAGAAUUAAAACAGCUCGUAAAAAUAAUAGCGUAUUAUUUGGUAUUUCUGUUAGUGCUUUAGUUAUAGAUACUUCAUAACUUCCUUUUUUUAUUAAAAAUGAUUAAUAAAUUUUAAAUAUACAAUUUACAAACUAUGUUUAUUAAAAGGUAUAUACCUUUUCAUCUAAUAUCCAAAAUCAAAUUAAUAAAUGUGUUUCUGUUAUAUUGACAGGUUGGAAAUCAGCUUAUGAUUCUUCUAAUAAAGUUUUCGCUCUUACUAUUUAAGUGGUUAAAAUAACAGAUUCUGGAUAUACUAUUUAGAUAUCAACAGCUCAAGAUUCAUAAUAAAUAAUUAAUGUAUCUUUUACUGUAUUAGAAUACAUCAAAAAUCCUCCAGCCAGUGUAUAUGGAAUAGUUUCAAAUUAUGAUACUCAAUACUAAUAACCAACAACUUCAAAUUGUUUCUUCAAUGACUAGUGUUCUAAUUCUUUAAGGUUCUUUCCUGUCUAAUUUAAUGUUUUCAUACAAAACUCUCCACCCUCAGGAAAUUAUCAGAAUUUUUUUGUUUCUUUAAACUAACUAUACUUCAAUACAGUAUAAAACGGCUAAGAUUUAAGAAUUAGUAUAAUAAAUUAGCCACUUUCUUCAAAUAAAAUAUAAUAUUAAUACUCAGUUUGGGAUGGAGCUUAAUGUUUAGGAGCUACAUCAACAGCCUUAUACUUCUACAAGAAAACUUGUCCAAAUAAUUAAUUUAUAAAUAUUAAUUCUAAUAGUUGUUCUUCUAUUUGCUUGAUUUAAGAUCCUUCAAAUAGCUCUAAUUGUUUUGAUUGUCCUUCUGGAUAAUAUUUUUUAUAAGAUUAAAAUCUAUGCUAAGCAACUUAACCAAAUGGUUAUUAUUGCUCAAUUCCGAACACAUAAUAUAAUUUUAAUGUUUGCUAAAAUUGUAACAUUUCUAAUUGCAAAUUAUGUUCAUAGAAUUCUAAUUAAUUUACUUGCACUUAGUGUGUAAAUUAGUAUUUUUUAUACAAUAACUAAUGCUAAUAAACAUAACCUUCAAAUACAUUUUGUGAUACUUAAAGUUAUAUUUGUAGUAAAUGCUUAGAUCCAGGUUGUUUAACUUGUAGCGACCCUAAUUAAUCAUCUCCUUAAUGCUUAACUUGUGAUACUAAAUAAAACUAAAUUUUAUAUAAAGGGAAAUGUUAUUCUCAAAGUUCUCCUCCUAAUAACACCUUUUGUGAUUGGAACAAAUUAGUAUGCUUUUAAUGUAGUGAUAAUAACUGUCUUUCUUGCAGUGACCCUGCUAAGUCACCAUAAAUUUGCAAUAAGUGUGUACCAAACUAAUCUUUGAUUUUAUUUUAAGGUAAAUGUUAUAACUAGAAUAACCUACCUCCUAACACGUAUUGUGAUUGGACAAAAUUAGCAUGUUCUUUAUGUACUGAUAGUAAUUGUCUUACUUGUUCUGAUCCUAGUAUAUCACCUUAAUAAUGCUUAAAAUGUGAUGUAAACUAAAAAUAAGUUCUUUAUUAAGGUAAAUGCUACAAUUAGAAUAACCAGCCAUCAAACACAUUUUGUGAUUGGAAUUUAUUAUAAUGUAGCAAAUGUAAUGAUUCUAGAUGUCUCUUUUGCAGUGAUCUUAAUUUACCUCCUUAAUUAUGUUUAUAAUGUGAUGUUAGCUUAUAAAAGUUAAUACUAUUUGAGGGUAAAUGCUAUAGCUAAAAUGAUCUUCCUCCCUAAAAUACCUUUUGUGAUUGGGAAAAAAUAUAAUGUUCUAAUUGUGUAGAUAAAAAAUGUUUAAGUUGCAGUGAUCCUAAUAAACCACCUUAAAUAUGCUUAUCUUGUGAUUCUAGCUAAUAAUAAAUUCUUUAUUAGGAGGGAAAGUGCAUAUAAAAUUGUUAAUAAAUAUAAAACUAAGAAAAUCAAGAAUGCUCCUAAAAUUAAAUUAUAGAGAUAUAAGAAACAUAUUAACUCAACAAUGAUUCAAAUUAUCAAAAGUACUAAAAUUUAGUAGUAGGGUCCUCUGUUUUAGCUGUUACAUCUCUAGUACAACUAAUGAGCCUACAAUAAAAGAAAAAAUAAUCAGAUAAUACCAAACUUUUUCAUUAAACAUGA